AGCAUUCGGCGGGCUCCUUCCCGGAAGCGGAAGCUCGGGGGGCGGGCCGAGGGCGGCCGGGAGUCGGCGGCGGUUAAUUCCUUUUACCUUGCGGCUUUGCUUCACUCCGUCUGGACUUUUCUGAAGCUGCGAGAGAUGGUCAGGUCUGGAUCUCGACCGGGCCAGGUAAUACCUUCAGGAAAGCACACCGGACCUGCUAAAUUAACAAAUGGAAAGAAAGGGACCAAUUUGAGAAAGAUACCCCGUUUUAAUGCAGAUUCUGGCUAUCCCACUCACUCUGAUUCAGAAAGUCAGACUGAAACUGUACAGGGGCUUGAUGGCUGUGCGUCUUUGCUGCGGGACAUUUUGAGAAAUGAAGAUUCAGGUUCAGAAAUAACAUAUUCAGAAAAUAGAUGUAACCCCAGACCUGUACAAAGCAAAAGAUACAGAUCCAAAAAGAAAGGACAUGAAAAACAUACUGUGCCUUCUGUAGUCCGGAAGGAAAUGUUAUCUUCAGAUAAUAAGAAACAGAUACCUAAUGAUGCUUCUGUUGGAAGUGAAAGAGACUCAUCAGAUAUACUGCAAAAUUGGUCACUACAAGACCAUUGUGGAAUGUAUUCACCCUUAAUAUACCAAGCUCUUUGUGAACAUGUGCAGACUCAAAUGUCACUGAUGAAUAACUUAGCUUCAAAGAACAACCCUAAUGGAAUUCCUUCUGCACCUUGCCACACUGUGUCUUGUUCUGAAUCUCAGAUGUCUUCACCUUCUAGUUAUGGUUUACCCACCUCUAUCCCAGUCCAGUUACCUCGGCAGCCACCCUGCCCUCCAGUGGUUCAUUCUGAAGUUCAGACUGAUGGUGACAGUCAGUUUGCAUCACAAGGAAGAACAAUUUCUGUGAACUGUACUGAUGAUGUUGUGAGGAAUUCCUUUAAUACCUGUCUUGGAGUUUCAUGUAACCUGUCCCAAACUGGCAAACCAGCUACUCCAACAUUUCAGCAACUGGGUCUUGCUAAUGGGGUUCCGCCGAAAAGACUUUCUGAGGAGCCAGACUUACUGAAGUGUUUCCAAACAUACAUGAAACUGUUGAGUUCUCAUCCUGACAGUCCCACUCGCUGCAGCCCCACUCGAUUACAGUCAGCUUUCUUGGCUACUAAUGAAGAAAAAUGUACUAACGAACACAUUGGUGAGGUCAGAAGUGAAGGAAAGGAUUUAAACAUACCUCUGCGAGAUUCAAGAAUAAAGGAUGUGCAGAAGGCAAAAAACGUGAACCAGAGUGCUGAAAAAUUUAGAACUAUCAAGUAUUUGUUGGGAGAGCUCAAGGCCCUGGUAGCAGAACAAGAAGAUUCAGAAAUUCAGAGGUUGAUUACAGAACUGGAGAUGUGUAUAUCUCUGCUUCCAGCCGUAAGUGCAAACACAAAUACUCAGAUUGAAAUAGCACUGGCCAUGCAGCCACUAAGAAGUGAAAAUGCUCAUUUACGCAGGCAAUUGAGAAUUUUGAACCAGCAACUUAGAGAACGAGAAAAAACUCAAAAGGAAUCUGGUUCUCUGGAAUGCAACCUUGAAUUGUUUUCUCUUCAAUCAUUGAACAAGUCACUGCAAAAUCAAUUACAGGAGUCACUAAAGAGCCAGGAAUUACUGCAGAGUAAAAAUGAAGAGCUCUUAAAAGUGAUAGAAAAUCAGAAAGAUGAAAACAAAAAAUUUGCUGGUAUAUUUAAAGAGAAAGAUCAAACUUUACUUGAAAAUAAACAGCAGUUUGACAUUGAGACAACAAGAAUGAAAAUUGAAUUGGAGGAAGCCUUAGUCAAUGUGAAAAGCUCCCGGUUUAAGUUAGAAGCUGCUGAAAAGGAAAAUCAGAUAUUGGGAAUAACAUUACGCCAGCGUGAUGCCGAGGUGACUCGACUGAGAGAAUUAACCAGGCAAAGGACUCUGAUGAGGAGCUGAAGACUUGUUUAGCAAAUGGUUAAGAACUCUGUGAAGCCAGAGACACUUGAGUGGAAUGCCAGCUCUAUCAUUUAUUAGCUGUAUGACUUUGAGCAAGAUAGUUAACCUUUCUAAACCUUAGUUGUAAAGUGGGGGCAUGAUUAGGGCUGAUAAGAGGGCUAAGAAGUCAUUCAUGAAAAGCACUUAGCACAGUAAGCCCUCCUUCAUAGGAUCUUGGGUAAGUUAUUUAGCCUCUUUGAGCAUUAUUCAUUGCAUUAGUAAAAUGAGGGAUUUGACAAUAAUUUCUAAGAUUCCUUUGUUCCUUAACAUGUCUUAAAUAAAUAAAACCACCUCACUCAAUUUUUAUAUGAUAUUCUUUUAUAAAGUUCAGUUUUCUCUUGAGGUGGUUGACAAAAAUUGGAUUUUCAACUGAUUUUUUAAAUCCUAGAGAAGUCAGUUAUUUUAGGCCUGAAUUGUAUAUCAUCAGAUCUGACCAUGCUUUUGAAUGAUCCUGGAAAGUCAUAGUUCUAAAUAUAAAGCAAUCCUGAAUAUAAAACACUUUUCUUUGUAUUUCAAAUGAAAAGACCCAUUUUGAAUUAUACCCUUUUCCCCCCACUUUGAGUUAUGAACUUUUAGGGAAUAAAUGAUAUAUAGAUACAUGGUGGUGGUUUAGUCACUAAGUUCUAUCUGACUCUUGCAGUCUUAGCAGGACUCUAGCCUGCCAGGCUCCUCUAUCCUUGGGAUUUCCCAGGCAAGAAUACUGGGAUGGGUGGCCAUUUCCUUCUCCAGGGGAUCUUCCUGACCCAGAGACCAAACCCACAUCUCCUGCAUUACAGAUGGAUUCAUUAACUCCUGAGCUACCAGGGAAGCCUAUAUAUAUAUAUACAUAUACAGGAAGCCUGUAUAUAUAAUACAUACAUGCAUAUAUAUAUAUAUAAAGAGUACUUAGUAGUUUUGUAAACACAUUUGAAAUGACUUUAUAUAAGCUAUGUUAGUAUAGAAAUAUUGCUUCCCCCCCCACAUUCAUCUUUCACAGAAUAAUUUCACUCAAACUUUUAUUGAACAGUGAGAAAAGCAAAAUGUACUUCUUGUAUCCAUGUAGUGUUAAGACUUCCCUGGUGGCUCAGAUGGUAAAGCAUCUGUCUACAAUGCAGGAGACCCAGGUUUGAUCCCUGGGUUGGAAAGAUCUCCUGGAGAAGGAAAUGGCAACCCACUCCAGUAUUCUUGCCUGGAAAAUCCCAUGGAUGGAGGAGCCUGAUAGGCUACAGUCCAUGGGGUCACAAAGAGUCGGACAUGACUGAGCGACUUGACUUAGUCAGAGUUUCUGGAAUAUUGGGUUAUACCACUCUUCUUCCAAGUUAAUUAUGAGGAUGCCCGUUCUUAUGAAAGUCUUUAUAAGAUCUCUAAAGAAAAGCAUCUUCUCUUUUCUGAGGAGUAAUUUAGGUUAAAAACUUUGUUAUUUUUAAGUAUUUAUGGUAAAAGAAGUUAAUCACAAAAAAAACCACAUAUUUUAUUAUUUUAUUUCUAAGAAAUGUCCCAAAAAAUGCUUGGAUUUACUUAGACCAGAUUGCCUUUUAAUUUAAGAGCAAAACAGACAAAAACUACUCUUUGAGCUUGGUUGUCAAAAUUCACCCACAUUGGUGACUUGUAAUGUGUUUGGUGUUACUCUAGGCAAUUCAAUUAAUUAGGAAUAUCCCCAGUACUGUAGCUGGGCUACUGUGACAAUUUACAUUUUAUUUCUGACAUUAGAACGUAAGUCAGCAACACUUGACAUUCAGAUAAGUCUUCAUGUUCGCCUACCCCAUCUCUUUUUCCUAUAGCCAUAUACCUCAGUCAGAUAUGUGUGUGCGUGUGUGCGUGUGUGUGUGUGUCUGUGUGUGUCUGUGUGUGUUUUGCAUGUGUUAAAUAGUCUUAGAGAUUUGACAAAAAUUUUAAAUACCUUUCUCAGACUACUGGGGAGGGAUAAUGGAGCUAGAAGUUUCACAUGCAAGUGCUAAACAAAUUUCCUAAACCAUUUCUUUCUUCUCCAACUUUCAAUAGUUUUGAAAUACAUCUUUAUUACUUUUUUUAGGUUUUACUAGAAUGCAUGUUAUAGUACCAUUAAAAUGUGAGGAAAAUUAAUGUAUUUUUCAGUAAAUAAGUAGUAAAUAUUCUUCUGAUAGUUUCUAAGAGCACUCAUACAAGUGCUGAUAUUUACUUAAAUUAGUAUAGUUUUAUAAAUAGAGAAGAAAGAACUUUACAUUUUUAUUAUGAAAAUGCACCAGUUUUCCAAGCAUUAAAAAUCAUUGUGUUUAGCUGAGUCUCAUGUGAUAGAAACACAGAUAUAUCUACUUUGUAGCUAUUUAGGUGCUUGUAUUGCUUCCUUUAAAAUUUUGGCAUAGUUUUAUCUCUUUAUUUACAGAGAUUUUUCUUUUAAUUUCAAAGACAGUGGUAAGUCACAUUUGUUUACACAUGAGAAACUUAAUGAUUGCAUUUAAUUUCCAGAGAUUAAACUUUUAUUAUAUGUCCCUUUCUGUAUUGUGAAUUUUUUACAGAGCAAAGAUAAUGUUUUUAUUUAAGUCUGAAAAGGAACUUCAACAUAAGGAUUUCUUUUCUAAAAAUAAAUGAAAAUAAAAAUGUCAGUAAGCUGUCUGGUUGAAUUAACUAGUGGACAUUACUCAUUACAGCACUUCUUUAAAUAUGGUUUCUAUAGCAUACUUUUUAUCUUUUAAUA